GUCUUAGAAUUACUAAAGUUGGGCACUUGGCAGGCCUUCCUGAUAAUCCUGUCCUGAUGAUGUUGAUAUCAGUAACUAUAAUAUUAAUAGUAAAUAUAUUAUUCAUAUGUGCCAGACAGAGGGUUAAAAUAUUUUACAUGCAUUAUUUUCUGAGGACUUACAAAAAACUCACACAAGCUGCAGAAUCCUGUCUGGGAGCAGGUCUCUGGGACAGGAUGGCCCAGGAGCUCAGCGAGAAGGAGCUACUGAAGAUGGAGGUGGAACAGCUGAAGAAGGAAGUGAAGAACCCAAGAGCUCUGAUUUCCAAGACAGGAAAGGAAAUCAAGGAUUAUGUGGAGGCUGAAGCAGGAAACGACCCUCUCCUCAAAGGCAUCCCUGAAGACAAGAAUCCCUUCAAGGAAAAAGGUGGUUGUAUGAUAAGCUGAUGGCCCUGGAGCCCCUCCCCCCGGACAUCUGUCCCUGCUCAGCCCCCCUGCUCUGCACCAGGAACCGAGCUUCCCGGGGACACCCAGGGACCCAGGGAAUCAUCCCCUUCUUUCAGCCACAGCCAUGGCAUGAGUAGACCCCUGGCCCAUGCCCUGGGAUCCACUCCCCACUCCUACCUUCGGCUCUCCUCUACUCCACCUGCUGGGUCACCACUGGCCCCACUCAGAGGACAGCUUCCCUGCCUCAGCAGCUGGCACCUUGUGUGGUGGGAUUCAAAGAGCCCCGAGACCCCAGAUGGCAAUCCUUAGAGACAUUUACUCCUCCCCGAAGCUGGGCCAUCUUUCCCUCUGCACUCUUCCUAGGACCCAGUCUCUUAUUCAGAAUAGUUUGGGUUGAGGCCCAGAGUUGGGGGGCUCCUUUUGUCCCUCAUCUGCAGGUCCAAUCCUGUGGUCAUCCUCUAAAGUCACUUAGAUCACCCCAGAGGGCCUGAGGCCAAAAGAGUCUAUAAAGUCACAAUGUCAUGAUUGAUUUAAUAUUAUGGAGUGUCUGUUCCUUGCUGGAUACUAGGACGAGAAGAGUGGCAACACAAACAUGGCUCGUGUCAUAUUGUUUAGCAGAGAAAAAUAUGGAGCAAAAUAAGUGCCACUCUCUGGAGAGGACCAUCCAGGUGGUGUGGAGCCCUGGGGCGAGGUCCCUGUGAAUUGCUGCAGGCCAGUGGGCCAUGGGGUGGAACUAGGCAGACAGAGGCCCAAGAGGAAGAUGGAAUGAAGACUUAAAGCACCCAGUGAGCUCAGCUAAGGACUCUGUUCUGCACUGGUUGCAAGGGGAAGCCUAGGAGGGGGUGAAGCAGCCAAGGGACAGACGGGAUUUGACCAGCGGGAGGGAGGCCAGAUCCUGCUAAGGAGGGCGCUGGUUCCUGGGCCUUGUUAGCAAGCAGAUUAUAGUCUUACAGAACCUCAGAAGUGAUGUGGGAGCAGAAGGCAAGCUAAGGACAAAGCACUAGCUGACACCCCACCACUCUCAGGUGGGAUGUGUGUGACAUUCCUCAGGCACUCCUGGCUGCCCUAAAGCUAAGGGAACGAAAAACCAAUUGUUAAUUUAUAGAGAUUACAGUCCUGCAAGACAAAAUGUCUUAGUGAUUUACCAGGGGAAAAAUAACCCUUCUGGAAGUUAGGUUAUUGAUAACCUAACUUCCAGAAGGAAACUCCCAACUGUCUUACUGUUAAUGCUUUCCUAGAGGGAAAAACCAUCUGAACUUGAUGAUGGCAAGGCGUCUAGUAUCUUGUAGGCCCUCUUUAGCAUACAAAAAUUCUUUUGAAAACCUCCCUUUUUCCUUACCCCCAGCUCCCAAGUAUAUAAUCUGUCACCUUUCACGACCCCCUGAAGUUGGGCACCUGGCAGCUCUUUCUGCCUACGGGUCCUGUCCCCGUGUUUGAAUAAAACCAUUUUGCACCAA